AUGGGGGAUCGUGUAGAGACGUUUGCUUACUUUAAAAAGAAAAUAGGUGUUUUAUCGGUAGAUACCAGGAUGAAAUGGGUCGCUGAAGGAAAGACGAAUCCAGCAAUUGAUAUCUCUUUUGAUGCAAUAGCAAAUUUGCAAAUGACACCGGCAUCGUCUGCAAAGAUCAUGGUUCGUGUUUUUAUUAUUAUGAACAAAGGUGAGGAGCCUACGCCCUUGGUUUUUAGCUUUACGAAUUUAAGUAAUGCUCGUCAAAACUGUGAAAUGAUUACGGCAGAGCUUCAGAAAGCAAUUACUAGGCAACGGGAUAAUACAGUGUCCGAUGAAAAAUCAUUCGGAGUGGAAUCCCUGAAUGAGAAGUAUCUGAUGGAGGACAUUGACCUUCAAGAAUCACUUUUGACGAGCAAUAGUGAGAUGUUUCAAACAUUUAAAGAAGCGGUCAUGAAAGGCCACUUAAGUAACGAGCAAUUUUGGUCUACGCGAUUGCAUUUGUUACGUGCUCAUGCUGUGGAAAGAUCACAGCAAAAAGGACCGUAUAAUGUUUUAUCGUCAAUAAAGCCAAAAACUGUGGAUAAUCAAAUGAAGGUUUCAUUGACCCGCCAGCAAAUUCAUGAUAUGUUUGAACAGCAACCACAACUUCGAACAGUUUAUGACAAGCAUGUCCCUCCGUUAGCUGAAGGAGAGUUUUGGAGUAGAUUUUUUCUGUCGAAGCUCUGUAAAAAGUUUCGUGGAGACCGGAUUACGCCUAUGGAUCCUUAUGAUGACAUUAUGGAUCAGUAUUUAAAUGUCGAUGAGGAAGAUCCAACUAGGAAGGAUGAACCUCCUCCAUCUCAUGUACUAGACAUCGAGGGAAACAUACAAAAUGCAAGUGUACUUGCCGAGCUACGUCCAGAUAUUACCAUGCGUAUAGAUAAGGAGGCCAUUCCUUUUAUGAAGAACAUUAACCAAUUAUCGGAAAGACUUUUGGAAAAAAGCCUGGGGAACUCGAAGCGUCUAAAGACUGAAACCGAAAAUCAGUACUUGCAGGAGUCUGGAUUUCAUGAUCUAGAAGAAGAUCACAAAGACACCAAAGUCAUACUAAAUAUCCAAGAACAGGAUCAAUUCUUAGAAAAAAAUUUUGCUCCUUCGUCAAAGCAAUCAACGGAAGAGCCUCUGCCACCUCUGGAAGUUUUACAAAGCCUUUACCAAGAGGAAUUAGUGGAGUUGGAUAAUACCGAUCGCGACGAGAAUGCUUUGGCAGAAGCUGCUCAACAGCUUACCCACGCUAUGAGAGAAAAACAUGAGUUUGAGACUCAUGGUACGGAUAUGAAUGUUCCGAAAGAUAUAAAGGAAGAGGUAUCUAUGUGCCAUACUGUGAGUGUCGAAUUUCUACACCAGUUUUGGAGUGCCUUAUUUAGUCCAAACUAUUCUGAUAAAAAUGUCAUGGCACCUUUACAGCAAGCAUUAUUGAAUUCUAAAGUCCGGGUAGAUGCCAUAGUCUCGCAGGCUAAAAAGCGAAACGUCAAUCCGUCUUAUAUCUAUCAGUUGGUUUCGUCAAUCCUUUCUUCGAUUGAUGUUGCAUUAGGGGAAUAUCAAAGAAGGCUGUCCAUGGUUCCUUCGACUUAA